CCCCACCCCACUCCAUCGCCAUCCUCCUCUCCCUCCGAUCAGAAGCAGCACAGCCAGCACCGGCCGACCAGCGCAGCGGCCGCACCGAGCGACCGGUCCACCAUCCACAGCUUCAAUCACACGACCAUGGCGUCGCAGCAGCGGAGGCAGAUGCAGCAGCAGCAGGAGCAGCAGGCGGCGGCGGCGGCGGCGGCGGCGCCGGUGGGGUUCGAGGACUACCUGCCGGUGAUGGCGGAGCGGCUGGGCGAGGAGGGCCUGAUGCGGGAGCUGGCGAGCGGGUUCCGGCUGCUCAUGGACCCGGCGCGCGGGCUCAUCACCUUCGACAGCCUCCGCCGCAGCGCGCCGCUGCUGGGCCUGGGCGCCAUGUCCGACAACGACCUCCGCGGGAUGCUCGCCGAGGGCGACUUCGACGGCGACGGCGCGCUCAGCGAGAUGGAGUUCUGCGCGCUCAUGCUCCGCCUCAGCCCCGAGCUCAUGGACGGGCCCCGCAGGUGGCUCGACGACGCCGUCUCGCAGGCCUCGCACUUCCUCUUCUUCGCCAGCUAGGCGCGCUGCCUGCCCGGGACGUGCGCAUAGGAAUUCCUGAGCUCUUCUUCUUCGUUCUCGUUGUUCAUAGCUGGAUUAGGAAGGGACUGGCGGCUGAUUGGUCGAUCGAUGGAUUCCAUAUCAUGUGUACUCGCCUGUUCCUCCCCUACUGGAGUCUGAAUUGAUCAAACAUGCUUCUUCCUCUUUUGACCAUCACA